AAUCAGUUGGGGGACUAAAAGUUGGCGUAUAAGUAAAGUAGGUGUCUCAAUUUCAAAGGAUUAAAUAUGAUGUUGAAAAGUAUUUCUAAUACUUCUAGAAGCGUUGUCAAAGGACGCAUAGUGAAUACCUUAGCCAGGUUUUCAACCAAAUGCAAUAGAUUAUAUGCACCUUCACGAAGUCUUCCUACCUUACAAAGUUCUAACCCACAACUUUCCUUUCCGUGCUUGGAUAAACUCGAAGAAAGAACCAACCAAUUAUCAAGUGGAUUGAACUCAAGCUCUUGCUCUAACAAAGAUGAUAUAAGUUCCUUAGAAGCAGGUCCGGAACCUUCUUAUGCAAAAAUUCAAACUGGUUUUGAAGUUUAUAAAAGUAGCAAGCCGAUAUUUUUUGAUUAUGGUGGUUAUUUACCUGAAUAUGAAAUUGCUUAUGAAACUUGGGGGACUUUGAACGAAGCUAAAGAUAACUUGAUUUUGAUCCACACUGGUUUAUCUGCUUCAUCUCAUGCCAAAUCCCAACCCAAAAAUACUAAACCUGGUUGGUGGGAAAAUUUUAUAGGUCCAGAUAAGUACUUGGAUACCAAUAAAUUCUUUAUUGUUUGUACUAAUGUUCUUGGUGGUUGUUAUGGUUCAACUGGUCCUUCAUCUAAAGAUCCUGCAAAUAACGAUUAUUAUGGUACUAGAUUCCCUAUUAUAACCGUAAAUGAUAUGGUUAGAGCUCAAAGAGAACUAAUCCGAGAUGUCUUUGACGUUACCAAAAUUCAUGCCUCAAUCGGUGCUUCCAUGGGUGGUAUGCAAUCACUCGCUUAUGCCUGGGAAUUUCCUGAUGAAGUUGAAAAAAUCGUCUCCAUUAGUGGAUGUGCUAGAUCCCAUCCUUACUCAAUUGCUUUACGUCACACCCAAAGACAAGUUUUAAUGAGCGAUCCAAAUUGGAAUAGAGGUUUCUAUUAUGAAAAAAUCGUCCCUCAUAUUGGAAUGAAAUUAGCUAGAGAAAUUGCAACCGUUACUUAUAGAUCGGGUCCUGAGUGGGAACAUAGGUUCGGAAGAAAUAGAGCUGAUGAUUCAAGACCUCCAGCUUUAUGUCCUGACUUUUUGGUUGAAACUUAUUUAGACCACGCUGGUGAAAAGUUUUGUCUAGAAUAUGAUGCAAAUUCUUUCUUAUAUGUACUGAAAGCAAUGGACUUAUUUGAUUUAAGUCAAUCAACUAGAACAAAAUGUGAUUCCAUAAGGGCCAAAACUGAACGUGAUUUCUAUGCAAAAUCAAACGAGAAACUUUCUCAAGAUUCAAAGACUACAGUUCCUGCAAAACCUUAUAAAGAACAAAUAAAUUCUGCAACCGUUACCCCAGAAGAAUCUCUUAAAGAUUUACAUGAAGGUAUGAAAAAGAUUACCCAAAAACAAGCUUUGGUUAUAGGAGUAGAAUCUGAUAUUUUAUUCCCUGUUUGGCAGCAGCGUGAAAUAGCUAAUGCAUUUGAAGAACAAGGCUCCAAGUCUUCAUACUAUGAAUUAAGUAAUGAUGUCAGUAAUUAUGGACAUGAUACUUUCUUAAUCAGUUUUGAUCAUAUCGGACCACCAGUGAAAGAAUUUUUACUGUCUUAAAAUUUAACGAUCACCUUGUAAAAAG